AUGUCUGGUUGUUCGGCAGUUGGUUGUUCGAAUAGAGGCGACAGAGGUUUUUUCAUGAAAAGCUUUCCACGGAAUCCUGAGAGGAGAGCACUUUGGGCAUCGCAGAUGAACAGAGACAGGUGGCAGCCAACUGACAACAGUCGAUUAUGCGAGGUACACUUUGACCAGGAUCAAUGGGAAAAGACUAGGGAAGACGGUACUCGGAAACUGAAAUGUAACGCAGUGCCAACGAUAUUUGAAUCAUCAAAUCAUCCUCCUCUACCUAAAAGGCCUCCUGAAGAGCCAAAAUUCAUUGAUUCAGCAACACCGAAAGUGAACAGAUUACCUGCUGAUCAUUCAGAUACCUCCACUGCACUUAUUAGAAGUUUCAAGAACUCGAACCUCCACGAAAGUAAUGAAAAUUCCGAUAGGAAGACACUUGUGUGCUCGGCAGCCAAUUGUAGCAGCCAAUUCGAAGCGCAUUGGUUGAAAUCAUUCUUUUAUAAAUUUCCACUACACGACCCUGUUCUUUUAGAAAAAUGGCUAAGAGUGUGUAGAAAAGGCUGGAUGCCAACUGCCGAAAGUGUAAUUUGCAGAAAACAUUUUUCUAUGGAUUGCUUCGAUUCAAACAAUGGUUUGCUACUGAAAAAUAACGCAAUGCCAAAUAUUCACAUGAACAAUGAUUUUGAUCUUGAUCCGAUCUGGGAACCAUUUAACAACAAAUUGGAUAAGAUUGUUGAAAUUACCCACCCAGGAGGCAAUAUUUAUUGCCGAAUUUGUGCGAGCAACAAAAGUCAAAACUACUUUCCAAUAUUUGGGGAUUCUAACUUGGCUGAGAAAAUAAGUAGAUGUUUACCAGUAAUAGUUUUGCCCACUGACAAUCUGCCUCUAUACAUUUGCCAACAUUGUUUAUAUUAUUUAAACAUUAGUUAUAAAUUAAUAGUCGGUUCUCUAAGAGCUGAUAUGAUCCUUCGAUCAAAGUUCAACAAGUCAAAAACCCCCCAGGGUUACAAAAAGCCAACGAGAAAUGCAUCAAAAGUCUCUGAAUUUAAGUCCAUGGAGACAGAGGAGCCUGUAUUUCGGAUAGACGGUCCGAUAAAAUGUGACCUGUGCAACGAUUUUUUCGAAGAUAUGAAUAUGUUUGACAGGCACAUAGAAAAUUCUCAUCUUCUGAAAUGGCGUUGCAGUUUCUGUGAUCACAGCUUCGAAACAUCUCACGAACUGCUAGCCCACAAAACGUUAAAUCAUAGUGGUAAAAUUUUAGCAUGCGACAACUGCGUGAAGAUUGAAGAACUUUGGGACGACGCACCUGACACAAUCAAUUCAGAAUCUAAAAUACCACAAUUAACCAGCAAUUACCCUGAUAUUUCAUUGCCAUUAAAUCGGCUACUUGAAAAAUCUUCAAAAUCAAGCAACAAUCUAUCAAAGUUAAACUGCACGAAGUGUAAAAUAGUCUUUGUAGAUGAAAAGCAAUUUCGCACGCAUCACAUUACCCAUUUGCCUAGACGAGUCAAAUGUUCGCUGUGCCAAAAAUGGUGUCAGUCUGUAUUUGAGUAUCUUACGCACAAACGAGCAGCCCAUAACCAAUUGAAAAAGAAAAAUUCUAACUCAAGAAAUGUUGUACACGUUUGCAAGUAUUGCAAUAAAGUAUUUUUGAGGAAACAGAAGCUUAUGAUUCACAUGCGAGUACACAAACAGGUAAUGCUCAAAGACCCAUCAGUGACGGUCUACAAGUGUGUCACUUGUCCAAAAAUAUUUGUUGACAAGGUGCUAUAUCAAAAGCAUCGCAAUGUUCACGACCCUGCAUGCUGGGACAAGUUCAGAUGUGAAAUAUGCAGCCGGGCUUUCGGAGAUAGAUUUAAACUCAAAUUACACCAAACCAUUCAUAACGGAACCAAGCCUUACCAGUGUGACAUAUGCGGCCAUACAUUUAAUCGAAAUGCUAAUAUGAUCAGACAUCGCGCUAAACAUUCCGAACAUACUUGUCAUCUCUGUGAUAAUGUCUUUAAAAGUGUGCAAAUUCUAAGGAAGCAUUUGAGAGAUGUCCAUGGUAAAACUGUCAAGUUCGCAAAGAGCAAUUCGAAAGUUAAACAGGAUGGAAGUCAGAGCAAGAGCAGCCGCGAUGUGUUCAUUUGCCGAUACUGUGGUAAACAACUGACUUCUUACUAUUCAUUACUCGAUCACGAGCGAAUACACACUGGAGAUAAACCUUUUGUUUGUCAUCAUUGCGGAAAAUCUUUCAGAAGUAUUACUGCGAGAUGGGAUCAUAUGGUGAGGCAUGAAAAAGGAAAUUACAUUUGCGAACUGUGCGGAAAAGUUCUAAGCAACAAGCUGAAUCUAAAGAGUCAUCUCAGAAAACAUGCAGCGAUUGAGCAGAGGAGGUUCGAGUGCAAGGAGUGCGGCAAGCUGUUUUAUGUUAGAGGGAGACUCAACGCACACCUGGGGGCGAGUAAGGAGCGAGUAAGGUGGCGGAGGGGAGCGAACCGCGUCGCAGAAAGAGGAAGGGCGGGCGCCAUUGGCGGGCAUCGAAGGGGCAUCGACCGCCGCUUCGCCCCGGACUGGCAGUUCCCCUCACAGUCGCACCAAUACAGGCUACAGCCGGGCUCUAUAUCGCCGACCAUUGGUCCUCAAUUUGCCGACCAAUCAUUGGGAAAGUGCCGACGAAAAUAUCCAAUUGAAACGUCAUCAUGGAGCAACUUGGCGAAGGUCAGACCGUCAUGGUUGGCAGCGGAGGAGCCGUUCAGGUUGUUCAAAUGGGUCAGGGCGGCCAAGCAAUGAUGCUGCCGCAAACUAUCCAGGUUGCCGCACCUAAUGGACAGAUUCAAGUAGUACCCGUCUCCAGCUUAGCUGGGGCUGGGCAACAAAUAGUUAUCCAGCAACCACAGACUCCUCAAAUUAUUCAAACUCCUGAUGGACAAACC